GCGGGCCCCGCAGGGGGGUACCUGUUGGGUACCCUCAGAGCUACGUCUGAGGGUACCCAGUAGACCCCCGCGGGGGUGCAACCGGGUGAUGGCGGUGGUAACUGAGUGUGUGACUGUCCAAGGCUCGAGCAAAAGGACUGGAGAUGUAAGUGGGGCCGUCAGAGGCUCUGCGGAAGACAGUCAGAUAUGUUCCAGACUCCAGAGUCGGACUACUUCGAAUCCGACACUGCCACUGAUUGACUUUCAAACCGGUUACUUGAUCCAGUCUUGUCGCCUGACUGUUCACGUUCCGAUUCAUUAUGCCUUCUCUAGUACUGAACGCGCCAGUUGAGCAGGUCGACAGUCCACAUUCGCUUCUCCCAUUUCUGCAGUCUCAAUCGCAAAACACAAUAACGCGUCUAUACCAGCGACCCUCAUCAUGCCUUUCAGUCUUCCGACUCCUCGCGCCGUUGCAGCAGCAAAUCGUCAUGAACUUGCUGUGGCUGGAUUCCGCAGUACCACUUUCGACCAUGGCAGCCUGGGUCGUCCGCGACGAGAAAAAACGAUACGACAUCGCGUUGAAACCUCUCUUUGGGCUGCACAUCAUCACGACCUCGCCCAUCAAGCUUGCGCUGAACCCCACAUUCAAGACGAGUUUUCGACAGGUGCUGACAGGGAGCGGAGCCGUAGGGAGCUUUGGAGUGCUGGCGGAGCCGGAUCGCCAGUACGAAACAAUGUCGGUGGAGGAACUGGAUGCGUAUGCGCUCGAGCGAUGGGAGGCGCGUUUCUGUCUUUCCUCGGCUAAAUUUCGUGUUCAAUGCAUUGGACAGACGGUAUUACACUUUAUGGUGUCCUCGAACACAGGCUCGAGCUCCGUUCGGCCGUCGAAGGAGGUGUUGUACUUGCUUACAAGGAGUGGGCUCAUGGCAAGUCCCAAUGGCUCGAUGCAAAUCACAUCUGCAGGCUUUCAAUUCCUGCUCUAUUCACCGCACGAGCAACUCUGGGAUCUUCUGUUACAGUAUCUGAGGAUGACUGAAGAGCUGGGGAUGGAUCUGGUGGAGGUUUUGAGCUUCUUAUUCAUGCUAUCGACCAUGCAGCUUGGCAAGGAGUACACCACGGAGGGACUCAGUACAACAGAAACAGCGGCCCUCACACAUCAGGCCGUGUUGGACGUCUUGCGUGACUAUGGGCUUCUCUGGCAGCCAAGGCCCUCGUCGAAACGAUUUUACCCUACAAGACUUGCUACUACACUGACAUCGUCCUCACCUCCAUUACCGUCUUCGGCAGGCUCUGGUCCUCAAGAGGGAUUUAUCGUCCUGGAGACCAACUAUCGAGUGUAUGCUUACACUGAUAAUCCACUUCAGACCGCCGUGCUUAACUUGUUUGUGACACUAAAGUAUCGCUUCCCAAAUCUUGUGGUGGGCUCCAUAACUCGCGAGAGUGUCAAGAAAGCACUCAACAAUGGGAUCACCGCAGAACAGAAUCCGCUUCUUCCUGUCACGGUGCAGGAUCAGAUCAGACUGUGGGAGUUGGAAAAGAACCGACUCAAGUCCCAAGAGGGAUACCUGUACACUGCGUUCACAUCUCCAGCCGACUAUGAAUUGGUCCUGAAUUAUGCGAAGCAGAUCGAUGUUGUGCUGUGGGAGAAUGCGACGAAGAGGUGUUUCUUUGCUAGUCUGGACGGCCAUGCGAGUAUCCGAGGGUUCAUCGAGAGAAGGACCGGAGGCAAUUAGAGUCUAAUAGGACAGCUCUCUGUGAUAUGUACAUCCGAUUAUAGUAUCUUGCUAGCACCCGGAAUGCCAAGUAAAGCCCGACCCCCGGCCCAACUCAAACAGACACCAGACAACCCGACAAUCAGCGCCUUCAGUAAUGGAGGGGCGGGUGAGCUGUGCAACAGGAUCUGCAAGCCCACCACGACCAGCGCAUGCACGAGAUAUGCGCCGUAUGCAUAACGAGCGGUGGAUCCCCACUUCUUGGAGGUCAGUUUCCAGUCGUGGAACCCGGCAAAAAGCGAUGUCCCCAGAAAGUAGAAGCAAAGCUCGUUCCAGAUCGCGUAGAGCAGCGCGAACGGAUUCAUGCCACCCAACAUCAGGUUGAUGCUCGGAGAAAUGGUGUACAGUGCGACCGCCGACGAGACAGCGACGAGCAAAGUCAGCGCGAGAUCUCUCCCUGGAUGGGGACGAAGAAUGAACUGCUGGAUUUUGGAGAGACACGUGCCAGCGGUGUAGGCCAGCACGUAUUGGGGGGCGUAGGCCAAUUGCACGUUGAGAGGCGGGGUCGAGCGUCCCACAGGAUGGGACAAGCGGAUUAGGAACGAUGCCACGAUCACGGACAAGAUGCUCCCGAAGGCCGCGGCUCUGAAUGCCCCUAGUGAUCGUGGGACCAGAUAGGUGAGAGACGGAAGAUACUUCCUGACAGUGAUAUACACCAGGUCGAAGACGAGCAAGACGGCAAGGUACCUGGACAUGUUAGAUCGACGAAGCCGCACAAAAGGUUACCCAUUGAAACGCACCACACUAUACCUCUCACACCAUCCAGGUGACGAUAAUACUCUACAAGCGCCGAGAGAACGGGCAGGUGUUGAGACCAUCGCACCAAGACAAUGCUGAGAGGCUGAACGGACAACGUAUAGACCACAGCUGGGAUGCCCAGGCGUUUGAGUUUGUACAGGACAAACUGGUUCCAUGUCUUGUGGUCCGCAGCGUGUGACGAAAAGUGACCUGACAGGAAGAACAGCAGACCCAUGAAGAAGGACUGGUUCACGACUUGGAACACCGUAAGGACGACAGAGUGGCCUACGGGGUACUGCAAAGGGUACGGCCAAGAUCCAACGCCACCAUACGGCAUACAAGCAUGGUGAAGGACGACGAGGGCGACGAGAAACGAGCGAAGAUUGUCUAGAAAGUGGAUCCUCGAUCUAGAGAGCAGAGCAGAAAGCUCGUCUACCGUUUCAACAACGGCAGGCAUAUCGGACGAUGUGGUGAACGAAGAUGGCAAGCUGAUAGCUGCGCCGCAGUAUGGCUCCACCUCAUGUCAUGGUAAGAUGGGAAAUCCCCAGCCGAGCGCUCAGUGGCAAGGUGAGUUGGUGCGGUAUACUUCAUGCAAGGCUAGGAUCCAUUGAAGUUCAAGUCGUUUCAAUGUUUUUGCCGAAGUACGAGACGCGAUCACGUGUCCCUGUUAGGCUCCUUUCAAGUCGUAGCAUACGGACCGUGCCAUUGCUCUUCACCUGGUCUAGGUUUUCGGUUCAUCAACAAAGGUGGAUCCCUUGCACUUUACAUAUGAACUACUUGAAUCUAGUGAAUAUGUUGCGUAAAGGGACAGGCAUGCGGCUUUUCUGGCCUGGCGCUGGCGGUCCAACAACGGAGGCACGGCGCAGCGCACUUUCGUUUACCGUCCAGCGCGUUGCGGGUGCAGUUGAGAGUCUCCUCGAAUUCACCGUCUCAAAAGGCCUGUUCUCUUUCUCCUUGCGCGGAUUGGCACUGGAAAACACACGACUCAAAGAAUGCCUGCCGGCUGAGUGCGUCGUUUUCGCGGUGGACGGCACUUCCGCCGAGGAAUCAGGCCGGAAAGAGACCGGGAUUGUUG